AUGGAGGAUGUGAGUGCUAUUUACCCAUACUUCUCGAAUGGCUGCCAAAAGGUAGAACGGUGUGAGGCUGGCAUCGCCUUUGCCAUCCCAAAAAACUUCACCGGAAAAGUGCCCUACCUGGUGCAAGGCAGCAACGACCACACAGAAGAAACCAACAUGGAUGCACCACCAAUCGUUGUGAUGGCAUCUACUGCCUUACUUUCUCGACCGGAGUCGAGCCCGCCACGACGUGCUGGUGAAAAUCGUGAUCUCCGACGCCGAUGGCUGUACGGAGCACGGAUCCCUUCUCUCCGAGAUGAGGCUCCGACUAAAGUGUCGGAAGAAACCAUUAGGUAA